AUGGGUCACGAAGAUGCCGUUUACCUGGCCAAGCUCGCUGAGCAGGCCGAGCGCUAUGAGGAGAUGGUCGAGAACAUGAAGAUCGUUGCCUCCGCCGAUGUUGAGCUUACUGUUGAGGAGCGGAAUCUCCUGUCUGUUGCCUACAAGAACGUCAUUGGUGCCCGCCGUGCGUCGUGGAGAAUCGUCACCUCGAUCGAGCAAAAAGAGGAGUCCAAGGGCAACGAGUCCCAGGUCACUCUUAUCAAGGAGUACCGCCAGAAGAUCGAGGCCGAGCUCGCUAAGAUCUGCGAUGACAUCCUGGAGGUGCUCGACAAGCACCUGAUCCCCUCUGCCCAGAGCGGCGAGUCCAAGGUCUUCUACCACAAGAUGAAGGGUGACUACCACCGUUACCUCGCCGAGUUCGCCAUCGGCGACCGCCGCAAGGGCGCUGCCGAUGCCUCCCUCGAGGCCUACAAGGCUGCCACCGAAGUUGCCCAAACCGACCUUGCUCCCACCCACCCCAUCCGUCUCGGACUGGCCCUCAACUUCUCCGUCUUCUACUACGAGAUCCUCAACUCCCCCGACCAGGCUUGCCACCUCGCUAAGCUCGCUUUCGAUGACGCCAUUGCCGAGCUUGACACCCUGAGCGAGGAGAGCUACAAGGACUCCACCCUGAUCAUGCAGCUCCUCCGGGACAACCUGACGCUCUGGACCUCGUCCGAGGCUGAGCCCGCUGCCGAGUCGGCCGCUCCUGCUUCCGAGAAGAAGGAGGAGGCCCCGGCUGCCGAGGGUGAGAAGCCCGCCGAGUAA